AUUCCUCCGUUCGGAGCUGAACAUUUUGUUAAUUGUGUUGCGGCCGCUUAGCUGAUCGUGCAAUGUACCGCAACAAAAUGAACGUGAGUGUUGCAGUCCUUUUGGCCACUUCAUUGGCCUUCAUUGUAUCCUGUGAAGCGGCAACACACGGCAUUCCACCACUCUUUGGAGAGAAUCCUUCCGCACGCAUCGUAGAUGGGAAAAUUGUUGCCUCCGGUGCAGCGCGUGCAGUCCUGGACUAUCGGCUGCCGAACACAACUGAACCUGUGCACUACGACGUCGAAGUGACUACGAAUGUACACAAUGGCACAACGGCAUUCAAUGGUACAGUUAAAAUUCAAAUAAACGUUAACGAAGAUACAAGAACAAUAGUUUUGCAUGCGCGUCAGCUAAGUAAUUUCACGGCAACUAUUUCAAACGCUUCGGUAACGGGAGGACAAGUUCAAGCGUUAAAUAUCUCAUAUGAAGAGGAACGAGAAUUUCUCAGUUUGACGCCAACGAACCAAUCGUUAACGUUCAAUAAAGGCAGCAGCUGGCUUCUGACCAUCGCCUAUCAAGGUGAAUUGCGUACUGAUAACGGUGGAUUUUACUUGUCCACCUACGAUGAUGACAACGGCACGGAACGGUAUAUAGCAACGACGCAAUUCGAGUCGACCGAUGCGCGCCAUGCCUUCCCUUGCUACGACGAGCCAGCCAAGCGUGCAACAUUCUCCAUCGUUAUUAAUCAUGAUCCCUCAUAUAAUGCCAUAUCGAAUAUGCCUUUGGACGAGGAGGCGAGCAGACCCGGCUACUCUGUCUUCCAGAAGACGGUUAAUAUGCCCACUUACUUGGUAGCGUUUAUUGUGUCCGAUUUUGAAUAUUCAGAAGGUGUACUGUAUUCACGCCCACAACGUGUCUACACACGACCAGGCACUGUAAGCGGUCAGGAAUUCGGUUUGGUUUCCGGUUUGUUGCUGCUGCAGCGACUUAUCGAAUACUAUGAUGUGGAUUUCGCACUACCAAAAAUGUAUCAAGUAGGCGUGCCAGAUUUUGCAGCUGGUGCCAUGGAAAACUGGGGUUUAGUUACAUAUCGCGAAGAAUAUAUAAUAUAUAAUAAGAACACAUCCACAACUAGUACACAAACAAAUAUUGCCACAAUCAUCGCACACGAAUACUGUCAUCAGUGGUUUGGUAAUUUGGUAGCCAUUAAAUGGUGGACGUACCUUUGGCUUAAGGAAGGUUUUGCCACCUUGUUCUCCUGGCAGGCAACCGAUGCGGCCUAUCCUGAAUGGGAUAUCUAUCAGUUGUUCCUCACCGAUGACUAUCAACGGGCACUUACCGCCGAUGGUACAGGUCUAAUGAAUCCAAUGAGUCAUUAUGUGCAAACGCCAUCUGAGAUCUCCAGCCGCUAUGAUUCUAUUUCGUACUCGAAAGCCGGCUCGGUGCUGUAUAUGUGGCAGUGUGCGUUGGGCGACGAAGUAUUCCGCCAGGGAUUAAACCUUUAUUUGACUGAAAAUCAAUACAGUGCUGCUGAUGAAUGGCAGCUCUUCGAGGCUCUUAGUAUUGCAGCCGGUGCACAAAAUGUUCCGCUUCCAGCGACAAUGGCCAAUAUGUUCUCAAGUUGGUCGCAACAAUCUAGUUACCCACUUCUCACCGUUACACGUCAUUAUGAAAAUAACUCAUUCACCGUUACACAAGAAGCUUUCUACGAUAAUAGCACCACAACAUCGAACCAGACUUGGUACAUUCCAAUUAAUUAUGCACAUAAAUCAAAUCCAGACCACCGUAACACUACCGCCUCGCAUUAUUUGUUGAAGACAAAAGAAAUUCAUAUCACCGACAACAAUUUAGCCGCUGAUGAUUGGCUGUUGCUCAAUAAACAGUCCACCGGUUUCUAUCGCAUCAAUUAUGAUGAACGUAACUGGAACCUAAUUAUUGAUGCGCUCAAAUCCAAUCCUUACAGGUUUCAUCCACGCAAUCGUGGUCAGCUUAUUCAUGAUGUCUAUAAGUUCAGUUCAACAGGACGUCUCGACCAAAGUACACUCUUCAAUUUGCUACAAUAUCUGCCUAAUGAAGAUCAAUUUGCUCCUUGGUCUACGACUUAUUCGGUGAUCAACACAUUAAACAGAUAUCUGAAUGGGGAUAGUGAUUAUAAAAAUUUCCAAAGUUUCGUAGCCUCUUUAGUAUCAGACCUCUUCGAUAAGUUGGGUGUGAAUGAUGCAACUGGCGAGCAACAUCUGGUGAAAUCUAUACGCAGUAUCGCCAUUAACCUCGCCUGUUUGUCAGGCAUUGAAAGUUGUCUAGAGGAGACGAACAACAAAUUAAGGGCGCUCAUUGAAGACGGCAUCGCAAUCGAACCAAAUCUACAAUCGCAAAUAUAUUGCAAUGGUCUACGUCAGUCCGAUGAUACAGUAUUCGAUUUCGUUUUUAACCAGGUAUUGCAGUCCAAUAAUCAGGCAUUCCGUCGCACACACAUCACUUCAUUGGGCUGCUCGCAGUCGGAGUCCCAAUUGCGAAAAUUCGUAAACAGCUCAAUUGAUACUUCAGCCGAUUGGCGUACUCAAGAGCGCAUCACUUUACUCAGUGCAGCGUACUCGAGCAGCAGUACCGGAUUGCUGGUAAGCAUUGAUUUCCUCAGCGACAAUUGGGAAGCAUAUAGUAAUUUGAAUCCCGGUUUCGGUGGAGAUAAUCCACUCAAUACAGCCGUGGUUGCCAUGUCCAGCUAUGUAGUUAAUGAAGAGCAAAGACAAAAAUAUUUGGAUUUGGUGGAUAAGGUGAAGGACAGCGAUAAGGUGCAAUCUAAUUUGGAGUCUGUCGUCAAUACGAACAUUAGAUCAAACUUUGAAUGGUUGACCAGAAAUCGUGAUCCGAUCAUGCAGUGGGUGAACAACUUCACGCGAAGUGGCAGUGCCGCACUUAGUGCUUCAUUGUUAACCGUCUUUACCACGCUGACGGUUGCAUUGGCGCGUUACUUGUAGAACUUGAGCUUAAUAGCCUUUUAGCUCUUACCAAUUGUGAUGUGAUAAAUUUUUGGUGGAACAUUUUAUAUAACAAAAUUGAAGUAGAAUAAAA